AUGCUUCGACACUCAUUACGCUUGAGACCUUCUACAGCACGUCAAACCAGUUUGAAGAGCUUUUCUGCUGCCUAUUCAACUUCUCUUCGCCCUACUGAAAAGUCUGUUGCUCCUCAAGUCGAACAGUCAGCCAACCGUGCCACUACUUGGUCCGAGACUCAACGUCCCAAGUCUGAAGCUUUAGCUGGUCCUCGUUUCGAACAAACCGACCUUACUACUCAGCCCAACCCUAUGGCUGCUAUUGACCUUAUUGCUGAAGAACCCAUUCGAUUUGUUAAUAAGCGCAUUGCUCACUGUGAUGGUGGUGGUGGUGUUUUAGGUCAUCCCAAGAUUUAUAUCAACUUGGAUAAGCCUGGACCUCAUGCUUGUUCUUACUGUGGCAUUCGUUUCCAAAAGCCUGAAGGCCAUCAUCAUUAG